AACCUACUCGGGCCAGUCGGAUCCGAAUAAAACCCAUAUCCGCUAUCAAAUCCCUAAAUCUGGACCUCAGUACGCCGAGACAACUUAUUUACCUACUCGGACACUCCGAAUCCGUGUUUUCACUCUUCUGCGAUGGCCGACGAAGCGAACAGAGCUGCUUUUAUAGAGAUUCAAGGUCGCAUGAUUGAGAUCACUGGAAAACUGAAACAGGUGCAGAUCCAGCUGCGAAACAAAGAGGGUGAAAAGAAGCGAGCUUUCCUAACCUUGGAGGAGCUGCGACAAUUGUCUGAUGAUGCAAAUACCUACAAAUCUAUAGGGAGAACGUUUUUUUUAGAGCCCAAGUCAGUUUUAAUGAAUGAGCAGGAACAAAAGCUGAAGGAUAGUGAAACUGCAAUUGCCUCAUUACAGACAUCAAAGGAAUAUUUAGAGAAGCAGAGGGCAGAGGUGGAGAACAACUUUAGGGAACUGUUGCAGCAAGAUCCAGGCCUUGCUCGUCAGAUAAUGUCUAUGACUGUAAUGUGAAUCUGACAUUUCUGAGAAUUUCUGCCUUGUGGUUUCUUACAAAAAGAAAAAUGUGAUAUUGGUAGAUUGUAAUGUUUGUUCAGAGAAGUCUGGUUUUCCAUAUCUGGUGAGACGUUCUGAUGAAUGAAGCCAGAUAUGCUACUCUUACAAGACCUUGUUCAUUAUUCCUAUCUGAGAAUCUUCCCAUAAAUCUAUAUUCAAUAGUUACAGUAA